AUGGCAACGAAGAACAAUUAUGGGAUUAAGGGCAACUGGCGUGAGUCUUCAUUUCCGGAUAUCAACGCAUUGGAAGACGAGUUAUGUCACGGUGAUAGACUGGAAUUCAACCGCGGCUUGUACUCACACUGGGGCAUACACGUCGGUGAAUACGAAGGGAUGGAACACGCGGUCAUCCAUUUCGGUAAGUUCGAAAGAGGGCCGGUAUUCUUGCGUUUUCGGUCUGCUGUCAGUGAAAAGACCGAGAUACGAGCUGAUACUAUUGGACAGAUUAUCGGUGGUUCUGGCAGGGUGAGGAUAAACAACUCAAGGGACAACAAAGAAGAGCCUUUGGAUACCGGCAACAUCAUUGGAACAGCAAUGAAGAUGCACCGAGACGAAACGCCGAUCGUCUACAACCUUUUCAGCAAAAACUGCGAGCACUUCGUGAACCUCUGUCGAUACGGUCAUCCCCACAGUGAUCAGAUAACUGCAGCACUGCAGACGGCUUGGAACUUAGGCCAAUAUUUGCUUGCCAUUGGUGCAAUAAUAAUUGUCACCUACGCGAAUUCUCGUCGCAGAAACUGA